AUGAAGUUCCGCCCGUGCAUCGACCUGCACAGCGGCAAGGUGAAGCAGAUCGUCGGCGGCACUUUGCGCGACGACGGCAACGAGGCGGCGGAGAACUUCGUGAGCGAGCUGACGGCGGCGCACUACGCGGAGAUGUACCGCGCGGACGGCCUCACGGGCGGCCACGUCAUCAUGCUCGGCCCCGGCAACCGCGACGCGGCGAUGGACGCGGUCCGCGCGUAUCCGGGCGGGCUCCAGGUCGGCGGCGGCGUCACGGCGGCCAACGCGGUCGAGUGGCUCGACGCCGGCGCGAGCCACGUCAUCGUCACGUCGAGCGUCUUCGAGGGCGGCGAGCUCUCCGAGGCGCGGCUCGACGCGCUCGUCGCGGCCGUCGGCCGCGACCGGCUCGUGCUCGACCUGAGCUGCCGCAAGCGGGGCGGCGCCUACCACGUCGUCACGGACCGCUGGCAGACCUUCACGUCGCUCGUCGUCGACGCGCCGACCCUCGCGACCCUCGGGGCGCGCUGCGCGGAGCUCCUCGUCCACGGCGUCGACGUCGAGGGCACCAAGGUCGGCAUCGACGACGCGCUCGUCGAGCUCCUCGGCGCCCACUCGCCCGUGCCCGUGACCUACGCCGGCGGCGCCCACUGCCUCGCGGACCUCGACCGCGUGAAGGCCCUGGGCCGGGGCAAGGUCGACCUCACGAUCGGCUCCGCGCUCUCGAUCUUCGGCGGCGACGUGCCCUACGAGGACGUCAUCGCGUGGCACAAGGCGCAGCAGUAG